GCCGCGGCGGGAAAAUCUGACUGCAGCCAACAGUCGGCUUCUUUACGCGGUCGCGUGCCCACCUAGGUCUUCGCUGUGAUGGAGGAGGAGGCCGAGGAGCAGCAGCGAUUCUCUUAUCAACAGAGGCUGAAGGCUGCCGUGCACUACACUGUGGGCCGUCUCUGCGCAGAGGCCACCCAGGACUCGGGGGUGCAGCUCAGCAAGCAGACCGUCGCGGCCAUCGCGGAGGUGACCUUCCGGCAGUGCGAAAAUUUUGCCAGAGACCUUGAGAUGUUUGCAAGGCAUGCGAAACGAAGCACAAUUAACACGGAAGAUGUGAAGCUCUUAGCCAGGAGGAGUAAUUCACUGCUAAAAUACAUCACAGAGAAAAAUGAAGAGAUCGCUCAGUUUAACACAGAACGAAAGACAAAGAAGAAAAAGACGUUAGAGACUGAAAACAAAAAUUCGGUGGAGCCUGCAGGGGCUGAAGGAGUGGAAAGUGACAAUUAAACUCUGUCACGAUUUGGGAAAAGCAGCCCUCAGCAGGUAGAGCCACCAGAACACGUAUUUCCACCAAGGGAAUUUUGAAGGAAUAAGUGGAGAUUUAAAAAAAAAAGGUGAGGUAUUCUCCAUGUGAUCAGCUGCAGAAGCCAGUGCAAACGAGAACUGAGAGCUCUUAAGCAAAACACUCCUGUCCCUUAUCUUACUGAGACUCGUAAGGGAGGGUUGUGUUUGAGUACAUGUCGGAAAUUAUAUCGGUUGCAGUUAAUAAAGCUGUGUUAGCAGUAAAAUGUGGUUCAA